UCGCUCCAAAGGUUAUUGGACCAGAGAACUUUGGAUCAUAUGCAAAUGUAGUUUCCAUAGGUACCAUUACGCAGUUACAGGAAGGGGAAGUGACAACUUAGUUCUGCGUGCAACCCAAACAAACCGAACUUGUAUCUAAAAGAAAGAUCAGCUGAACUUAACUUAUUUUUAGAUAUGGGAGGAUCAGCAAGUCAGUUGCCGAAGGAACAGCUCGCAGAAUACCAGGAGCUUACUUUUCUAUCAAAACAAGAAAUUUUACUUGCUCACAAAAGAUUCAACGAACUCACAAAAGAUGAGCGAAAUCCCCCCACCAGGGUGCCCAUGGAUAAAAUACUGGCAUUGCCAGAACUCAAGUCAAAUCCUUUCCGGAAAAGGAUUUGUCAUGUCUUCUCCACAUCUGAGGUAAAAGAUGGAAGUCUCACCUUUGAGGACUUCCUGGAUCUCUUGAGUGCUUUCAGUGACUCGGCAACCUUGGAAAUCAAAUCCCACUACGCCUUCCGUAUUUUUGAUUUUGAUGAUGAUGGGACACUAGAUGGAGGGGACUUGGAAAAACUGGUGAACUGUCUGACGGGUGACACCGAUGAUACACGGCUCACCCAAGAGGAGAUGAGACAGCUAAUAACCAAUAUUCUGGAAGAGUCGGACAUUGAUAAAGAUGGCACGGUGAAUCUCUCUGAAUUCCAGCAUGUCAUCUCAAGGUCUCCGGACUUUGUCAGUUCUUUCAAGAUUGUGUUGUAAAUUAUAAGGAUUUGGAAUGGGUCCACAAUUUUCACAGAGAACACCAGCAUUUUAUCCUUUCAAACAGUUAUAAACAUGAUGUUGCCUUUGAACAAAUUUUCUGUUUGAUGUUUUCUAUCACGGGUCUGUACAGGGGCAUUUUUAAAUUUGUAUGUGUAAUCUUUGUUAAAUCUUUGUGCAAUAAAACAUUCUACACUGUAAAUAAAAUGUACUAAGAAUA